CUUUUCAACCCGUUCAUUAUUCAUAGUCAUAAAUAAAGUAAAAUUCUCCUCCUUAUUUCCGAUUAUUUCAACAAAUCAAUAAACAAAACCCCCAAUCCCGCGAAGUUAGGGUUUCGCUCAGACCUCUCUCGAGCCAGAUUCUCCCGUCAUCAGUAACUUCGUGUGAGAAGUGAAUAUGGCGACUGAACCGAAAGCAGCAACCGAGGACGUGAAGAUGGACCUCUUCGAGGAUGACGAUGAAUUUGAAGAGUUUGAGAUUAACGAAGAGUGGGAGGACAAGGAGGAAGGGAAAGAGGUGACACAACAGUGGGAAGAUGAUUGGGAUGAUGAUGAUGUCAAUGAUGACUUCUCACUGCAGCUGAGGAGAGAAUUGGAGAAGAGCACUGAGAAAAACUGAGUUUUUAUUGAUAACUGUCUGUCACUAUUGCUAUAUGUAAUAUCAGUUAGUGUUGAGCUCCAGGUGGAUUUUCAUGUGCUUAUCAUGGAGAAGAAUGUGUGAGAUUAGAAGUUCAAUUCAAACUUUAAUCUCUGGAACCUAGUUGUUGUCGUUUCUGCGGUUAAAGUUUAAGUUUACUUGCUAAUGAUUUUUUUUCUUAAACGGUUUGCUUUUCUGACUAUGCAAAAAAUAUCCCUCCAUUUAUUUCUAAGUUGUAUUUAGACUUGCUGCUAGAUUGUGUAUAGGUGUAUUCAUUGUUGCAAUUGAGCGUCCAUAUUCUUGCAACUA